AGGAACAGUGACAGAGGGGGAAAUUCGAUAAUGGAAAUUGGAAUCUUGACAAGUCGCCGUGGAAAUUCCGAAAACAAAGAAGUAAAGUCAGGAUCUCCCAAACCCAUCAAUGGAAUCGUAUUCUGUUCGAAGGGUAAGCGCCCUUCGAAUGCCAAACACAUGGCGGACAAAAAUCGAGCCGGCUCCCAACUCCUUUUCCUUGUUUUGUAUUACUCAAUUCGUUUUCCUCCUCCUCACGGUUGGUGUCUCUAACUAUAUAUUUGUCUGCUUCUUCUCAUGCCUUGCAUCGGGGGUUUGAGCUAUUCUGCAAGUGUUGGGUCGGGAGCAGCCUUGCAGCUGACAUAGCGAAAGAAAAGGAAGUGGCUAUUCGGGUUAGCCUCAUUUGUUAAGGUUUGGGUCCCGAAAUUCCGGAGGAAAACAGUGUGAUGUCUGACUGUUGGGCGUUAGUUUUCCUUGUAUAGGCCUUACUGUUUAUCAAGAAUAUUCCAGCUCGCUCUAUUUGUUUAGACGCCGAUGAACAAAUAUAUAGGUCGGAUUGGAAGUAGCCCAUGCAGUUGACUUGGCAAAUAAACAGAAAGUGGCUUUUUGAAUUUGAACCUCAUUUUUCGAAUUUUGGUUCAGACAACUCCGGAGGAAAACAGCAGCAGUUCUUGUGUUCAAAUGUUAGCAGUUCCUCUUUUUGGCUUGGAUUUGGCAUUGUGUUAUAACUAAGGUUGUCAUUUUCAGAAUUUCAGUGCCUUAUCCAUGAACCGACUAUGAAAUUGGGCAGGAGAAGUUAUGCAGCAUCUGCAGCAUUGUGUCUCAUCUUGUUUUGGCUUUCCUUCUAGAUUUGUGCUGAUGUGGUUCCUAGCAAGGGAAAGUCCUAGACUUUGUUCGUCGUGCUAUGUAUUUCUGCUUUGCCAAUACGUGUUCUGUUCGAAUUCCGAGUUUCAAAAUUUUGAACUGAUCUCUCUCGCUCUUUAGUGAAGCUUAUGCAUUUCCAUGGAAUACAUCUAUUAGAUCUUUUGUCUCGUGUAGGUUUUUCCAUUUGCAACAUUGACCGAGAAUCUGUCAAGAAAGGCAUUGCAUGCCAAGCUUUAGGCACGAGUUUUCUUGCCUCUGAUCUUACGGGAUUCCAAAUGGACAAGAACCAGAUCCAUGGCACUGCCAUUUUCACAUUGCUUUCCAUGGCCGUUAUGAUCUUCAGCUCAGCCACAUUGGUCCAAUGUGCUGUAAUCAACCUAUGGCCUAAACCAAGAAUCGUGUCAUGGCCUUUGCCGCUAGCAACUUUACUCUCCCCAAAAUUCAAAAUCACUUCCCCGAACCAUCGAUACCUCUCCACUGCCGUGUAUCGCUACCUCCACCUCAUCCUCACUGAGCACCACCACCCUCUAGUCAUCCCAACAGUCAAUCUCACAAAUGGGUCUGUUGUACAGUCCCUGAUCGUGACUAUACAUGACCUUUCCGCGCCUCUUGUCCACGGUGUGAAUGAGUCUUACCACCUUAAGAUCCCUUCCACCGGUGUAGAGGCCAGUCUUACCGCCGAGACAGCCUGGGGGGCUAUGAGGGGCCUCGAGACUUUCUCGCAGCUUGUGUGGGGCAACCCUUCCCACGUGGCCUCGGGAAUGGAAGUGUGGGAUUGGCCCAUCUUCGAGCACAGAGGGGUGAUGCUGGACACUUCAAGAAACUUCUACAAUGUCGAGGACAUUCUCAGAAUGAUCGGCGCGAUGAGUGGCAACAAACUCAAUGUGUUCCAUUGGCAUAUCACUGACUCCCACUCUUUCCCGUUGUUGUUGCCUUCGGAGCCAGGUCUUGCCGACAAGGGCUCCUAUGGGCCUGACAUGCAAUACUCUCCAAAAGAUGUUACUCGGAUCGUUCAGUUUGGUCUGGAACAUGGGGUUAGGGUGCUGCCCGAAAUUGAUAUGCCUGGUCAUACCGGCUCAUGGGCAAAAGCAUAUCCCGAGAUUGUGGCCUGCGCGAACAUGUUCUGGUGGCCCGCUGGAUAUAAAUGGGAGGACCGGCUAGCAUCAGAACCGGGAGCUGGUCAACUCAACCCGUUGAACCCGAAAACCUACCAAGUCCUGAAGAAUGUCAUUCGCGAUGUGACCAUGAUGUUCCCUGAACCUUUCUAUCAUGCUGGAGGUGAUGAGGUUGCGCCGGGCUGUUGGAAAGCUGACCCAGAAAUCCAGGAGUUCCUCUCCAAGGACGGUAGUCUAAGCGAAAUCCUCGAGAUGUUCCUCAACUCCACUUUCCCUUACAUCGUGUCGAUGAACCGAACUGUGGUAUACUGGGAAGAUGUCUUGUUGGACCAAACUGUCAGGGUGAACAGAUCACUCCUCCCACCUGAGAGCACCAUCUUGCAGACAUGGAACGAUGGUCCCAACAAUACCAAGGCGAUCGUCUCGUCAGGCUACCGAGCAAUUGUGUCCUCGGCGGAUUACUACUACUUGGACUGUGGCCAUGGGAGCUUCAUCGGGAACAACUCCAAGUACGACCAGGGAAAUGCAGGAAACACGGGGACCGGCGACUCCUGGUGCGGGCCAUUUAAGACCUGGCAGACAAUUUACAAUUACGACAUCACUUAUGGGUUGACGGAGGAGGAGGCGAAGUUGGUCCUUGGUGGGGAGGUUGCUCUGUGGUCAGAGCAGGCAGACCCCACCGUGCUGGAUAGUCGGAUAUGGCCGAGGGCUUCGGCAAUGGCUGAGGCAAUGUGGUCAGGGAACAGGGACGAGAAAGGCAUGAAGAGGUACGCAGAAGCGACCGACCGGUUGAAUGAGUGGAGGGGUAGAAUGGUCAGUAGAGGGAUUCGAGCUGAGCCGAUUCAGCCUCUUUGGUGUGCUCGGAACCCCGGGAUGUGCGACACUGUCAACUCAUCUUAGCAUCCAUCCAUUGCUUGUUUCUUGAUUCAGAAAAAUGUCAGACUCAUCCGUCUGUUGAUUUGUUACGUUUCACUAUUCCAAAAUUAAUCCAAUCACGUGUUCCCCGUAA